AUGAUAUUAUAUCAAGGCAUCACGACCCUCGCAGGCGUCCUUUUAACCUUCAAACUUGCAACUGCUGCCCCAGCAGCACCAGCAUUCUCAAACCCUCUACGAGGAGGCGAGAACCUCAUCGGCUACUCACCCACCAACACAAUUUCAAACGAAAACACAGAGACAAUAUCUUACCAGCUCGCACCUGGACAAACUGAUACCGCAGAUUUGGGAGUGUACCUGGACUUCGAUGGUGUUGAGAAUCCGCAGCCUAUUCGUGGGAAUACAGGGGGGACUAAUCCUGGGCCUCGCAACGCCGAGAUGAAUAAAAUGUAUUCUGACAAGUUUGCUCCUCCGGGGACUGAUGCUGGAACUACUAUCAAUGCACAGUGGCCAUUAGCUCUCAGCAGCGCUGUUCUAGGAAAAGGAAAAUCCGGCUGGUCCCGUCAACAAAACAUAAACGUUCUCCCAGCAGCAACCGAAAUGGCCGGCGUGAAUAUGAGACUCGAGGCAGCUGGGUACAGAGAAUUGCAUUGGCAUGUCGCGGCUGAGUGGGCCCUUGUCUUGAAUGGAUCUUGCAGAAUUCAGGCUGUGAACGAUGAUGGACAGACAUUCAUCGACGAUGUUGGUAAAGGGGAUGUAUGGUUCUUCCCAUCUGGAAUCCCACAUAGCAUCCAAGCUCUCGAAGACGGCGUUGAGUUCAUUCUCGUCUUUGAUGAUGGCUCUUUUUCCGAGACGAAUACCUUCUUGGCCACCGAGAUAUUUGCGCAUAACCCGAGAGAAGUCCUAUCCAAAGAUCUCGGCGUCCCCGUCUCUGACUUCCAGGACAUCCCCUCCGACAAACUAUUCAUCUUCCCCGGCACCCCAGCACCCACCGAUAUCCAAGCCCAAAACAUGACAGGUUCUGCAGGCGCGAUCCCUCGGACACAAAGUUACUCGUACCACCUCUCCGAACAACCAGCCCAACAGCUCGAGGGUGGGAGCGUCAAAAUCGUCGAUCCGCUAAGUUUUCCGAUUGCAUCGAGUUUCUCAGCUGCGCUUGUGACUAUAAACCCUGGCGGGUUGAGGGAGAUUCACUGGCAUCCGUCAAGCGACGAAUGGACCUUCUUCAUUCAGGGACAAGGUCGAGCGACGCUGUUCACCCCACCGAGUGAAGCGAUGACGUUUGAUUAUAUGGCUGGUGAUGUGGCGUAUUUCCCCAAGUCUAAUAGUCAUUAUAUUGAGAAUACGGGGAAUGAGGAUUUAAUUGUUUUGGAGGUUUUGCAGGCGGAUCAUUAUUCUGACAUGUCUCUCGCACAGUGGGUUGGGCUGACGUCCAAGCAGAUUGUGCAGGAUACGUUGAAUCUUUCGAAUGAGACGUUGAGUCAUUUCACGACGGAGAAGAAGAUUGUUGUCGCAUAG